AGAGAGGGAGAGGAGGAGAGGGAGAGGGAGCGAUGCUGUGGGUGGCAGCAGGAGCAGUCUCGGGUCUGGCUGCCGGGGCUCUGGCUGUGCUGUUCCUCCUCGCCCUGGUGUGCCCUCACCUGGGUGAGGACCUGCUCUUCUUCCUCAGGGCGGGCAGCUUCGGCCUGAGGGUCUGCAGGGCUCAGCUGACCGGCAGUCUGCUGACCGUCCUCGACCGCUUCGCCCAGAGGGUGCGGGCCACCCCGGACAAGGCGUUCCUGCUGUACGAGGGUCGGGCUCUGACUUACCGGGACGUGGACAGGAGAAGCAACCGGGUGGCCCGGGUCUUCCUCCGGCUACAGCUGCGGCGCCGGGAGCGGGAGCGGGACCGGGAGGAGGAGGAGGAGGAGGAGGAGUCCGCGGUCAAAGCGGGCGACGCGGUGGCUCUGCUGAUGAGCAACGAGCCCGACUUCGUGUGCGUGUGGUUCGGCCUGGCCAAGCUGGGCUGUGCCGUGGCUUUCCUCAACACCAACAUCCGAGCGCAGGCACUGCUGCACUGUCUGCACAGCUCCGGGGCCAAGACCCUGGUCGUGGGAGCAGACCUGGUUAAUGCAGUGGAGGACAUUCUUCCCAAUAUUCAGGAAAAUAACAUUUCUGUGUGGGUUAUGGAAAAAAACUGCACUCUUCAUGGAGUGAACACCUUGAUAGAUAAAAUAGAAGAGGCAUCAGAGGACCCUGUACCAGCACCAUGGCGAUCCCAAAUCCACCUGAAGUCUACGUUUUUAUAUAUAUUCACUUCAGGAACUACAGGAUUACCAAAGGCUGCUGUUAUCACCCAGCUGCAAGCAUUGAGGGGCAGUGUUGGCUUUUGGAUCUUUGGGGUCACGAAGGACGAUAUCAUCUAUGUUUCACUACCCCUCUACCAUGGUGCUGCUUCUCUCAUAGGCAUUGGUGGCUGCAUCGAGUUAGGAGCGACAUUGGUGUUGAAGAAGAAAUUCUCAGCGAGCCAGUUCUGGAAUGAUUGUCGGAAGUACAACAUUACAGUGUUCCAGUAUAUCGGAGAGCUCUGCCGGUAUCUCUGCAAUCAGCCUAAGGCAGAAGGAGAAAAGGACCACAAAGUGCGAGUAGCUGUGGGCAAUGGUAUAAGGACUGAUGUCUGGAAGGAAUUUAUAGAGCGUUUUGGCAGCAUCAAAAUCUGUGAGUUUUACGGUGCAACGGAAGGAAAUCUCUGCUUUAUGAACUACACUGGUAAACUGGGAUCCGUGGGACGUGUUAGUUUUGUUCAUAAGAGAUUUAUACCAUACGAGCUGGUGAAAUACGAUGCCCAGAAGGAAGAAGCUCUAAGGAAUGAACAUGGACUGUGCGAAAAAGUUAAUAAAGGUCAGACAGGACUCCUUAUAUCUCCAAUAACAAAAAGGAACCCAUUCAGUGGCUAUGCUGGAAACAAAAGGUUUACAGACCAGAAGCUCAUGAAAGAUGUGUUCAAAAUUGGGGAUCUAUACUUCAACACUGGGGACCUGAUGUCCGAGAGCCAUGAUGGUUUUAUUUACUUCCGUGAUCGAAUUGGAGACACUUUUAGAUGGAAAGGGGAAAAUGUUGCAACCACAGAGGUGGCGGACAUUAUUGGAAUGCUCGACUUUGUUCAAGAAGUCAAUGUAUAUGGAGUUUCCAUACCAGGGUAUGAAGGCAGGAUAGGAAUGGCAGCUAUUAUCCUGAAUCCAGGCCAAGAGUUUGAUGGGAAAAUCUUCUGCAGUCAUAUUAUAAAAUAUCUUCCAGGCUAUGCUUUCCCACGCUUCAUAAGGAUCCAGGAAUCCAUGGAGAUGACUGGAACUUUCAAAAGAAAAAAAAUGCAUCUGGUGGAAGAAGGAUUCAAUCCCAUGAAAAUAUCUGAACCGUUGUAUUUCUUAAAUGUUUCUGAGAAAUCCUGUGCUUCAUUGACAGAACAAAUUUUCAAUGACAUCUUGUCUUUGAAGAUAAAAUUAUGAGCAAUAUUUGGUUAACUUUUUUUACUGAAGUGCUGCGGUUUAAUCAUGCCUCUUCAGCAUGACUCUCAGCAUGUGAUGUGAUAAUGAAAUUAAUACCAGCUGUUUAUGUCGGUAUAUUCUGUCUAAAGUGACCUAUCGGCAAGAGUUUUGACCUGUCAUUACGAUUGCCUCGAAUACAAAAUCACCUGAUGUUGUGAGUUUGUAUAUAAAAUGUUACUGAUAUCACUAAUGAGCACAAUCUUUUAAAACUCUAAAAUCAUUGUAGCUUUUCAACUGUUCAAAGGACUGUACCUGAUGAUUUUUUAGCCAAUAUUGGAGGAUUAUGUGAAUAUUAGACAUUUAUGCUCCUUUGAAUCUGAAUCCUAUGGCAAAUUGUACAUAAAAUGCCAAAACAUCAAAUACUGUUUGUAGAUAUACCUGACCUUUUAGCACUGCCAUCAUGUCCCAAAGCCUGGCUGUACUAUAAUGUUGUAUUAAUCAUUGUAUCUAUUACUUUUCCAACUACUCAUUGAUAUCUUAGUACUGCCUUGUUAAUUGUAUUCUAUAUAACAAAAACUGUCUGUCCCAAUUCUUCAAGUUGCCAGCAUAUCAAUAACUGAUUCAGUCCUUAUUGUACUAUAGGGUUGUAUGGAGACGGGUGGCAAUUUUUAUGCUGUUUUACUGCUGAGGCUGCCUUGGAUAAUAUUAAUACCAAUUUACAUAUUCCAGUGGACAAUUAAUAGAGUAGUUAAUGUUUAAUGCAGUUUGACUAAAAAUACCUGUUGACUUAAUUAACUUGAAUCACAUUGCUUCCAAAUUUUACAAUCAUGUCUUCCACACAUGCUAUGGAUUUAGUCCGGGCCUUUAAUAAUAAUAAUCCUUGCAUUUGAUAGUGCCUUAUCACGUCUUUGA